AUGCUCCAGAAACCUAUCUUUCAAGGCCCUUGUAGUUUGACCUACAUAGUUCUUAUGGUACCCCCUGCAGGUCAAGAGAUUCUAGUGGUGGUCAGAUACUGGAUUGCGAUACCUGACAGAUGUAUUAAGCAAGAGAUGGUGAAACGCAUAUUACACUUAGCCUACCUCAAUAUGUCUUCAGAGCAGAAUGCUUCCUACACGGCUGUCUGCAACGAUGUCCAGUCAGACCAGAUAUUAGAAGGAUCUCUGGUAACUUGUACAAAGGACUUCAUAAGAAUAUUUAGCAAACUUACUGGCCUCAGCAAUGGGAUGCUGUCUGUUGUUGUUGAGUCCUCUUAUUGGAUACUUAUUGUAACAGAUGACACAAGGACAUUGAAACUAAAUGCAUCCCAAACUGCAGAAGCAGGUCAUACACUGACCAGCGAUUCAUCUAAUCUGAUACUCACGGCUUCUCUCCAUGCAACUGGUAUAAAUGUAUUAAAGAUGGAAAACCAAGUUUUAUAUUUUGGAGACAUUCACCUGUCCUCUCCCUAUCGUUCACCAAAUAUCAUAAUCGAUGCGACAAUGUUUUGCACAGGGCCUCCACAAUGAAAUGCAACACACAUGACUAUUCUGAUUCUAUACUUCGGCAGUACCCUAAUAGGUAUAUCUCUGAAUAAUAUAGACCUUCCCAUGACGACGUAUGUUCUCAGAACAAAUGGAAUUACAGUGGACACACAAGGUGUAAUCCGUCUCUUUAUUAACAAGAAUACUCUACAGGUUGACCGUACAGCUGCAAAUGUCCGGUACUACAUAACUUCUUUAUUGAUAACCUUCAGUGUAGAAGGCUUAGUAGUGCCCAUGCUGAGUACCCCAGAAUGUUAUGAAAGGGGUGAUCCUGUUCUUAACGCAGUGUGUACAUCCGGUGCAUACAUGAACUUAGAAGUGAUCGCUGCAGCCACCCUCCCUCAUCUGGAUUUCAAUACCGUGAAGUUGGGAGACGGUAGAUGUCAACCAACUGUGAGUUCUAAUGACAAACUAACCUUCCAUGUAACUUUAAACGAAUGUGGAACUACAUUAAAGUUUGUAGGCAACAAAGCCAUUUAUGAGAAUGAAAUGCAUGCACUAUCUGUAAUAUCAAGAGACAGUGAGUACAGGCUGACCAUCCAAUGUUUGUACACCCAUAUAUCUGAUGAACAAGUGAUUGUAAAUGUAGCAACACACCCUCUAUUUGAACCCUCCAAAAGUGAUGGUCCCUUUUCUAUGGUCUUCAACAUCUGCCCAGAUGAUUCCUACACAACAGCCUACGGUGCUUUCCAGUAUCCCAUUGUGAAGACCUUGUGGGAACCUAUAUACUUGGAAGUCCACCUUCUGAAUCGCAAUGACCCAAAUAUUGAACUGGUACUGGAUGACUGUUGGGCAACAAUGUCACAAGAUCCAAAUGCUAUGCCACAAUGGAAUGUUGUUGUAGAUGAGUGUAAAGCACUUGAGGAUUACUAUCAGACUGUGUUUCAUCCAGUUGGAUCAAAUGUAGUGCUACCAAGAUACCGUAAGAGGUUUAAAGUAAAGACUUUUGCAUUUAUGUCAAGUGGUGAAGCUACAACAGACUUGAUCUACUUCCAUUGUGUUGCUGUAGUAUGUAAUAGCCUCAAUCCUGACUACAUUGUGUGUUUUAAAAUGUGUCCUAAGUCCUACAGAAAAAGAGGUAAAUGGAGCCUAAAGAGAGAAUCUACUCUAGUGAGCAUUCCUGGACCAGUCCUGUUUGUGAAUUUGCACAGAUCUAUGCUAUCUAAAGAUCAUGUGGAUGUUAAUCGCCUGCCUAUGGUACUGUUACCGGUUCUUGGAGUAACUGCUGUGCUGCUUCUUGUCGUCUUUGUCACACUAUUUGUUUUUAAAAUGAGUAAAAAUGAUACACUAAGCACAUAA